GGGCAUAGGAAAAACCAGAAGUGGUUGUUUCCCCCUGAGGCAGACAGACUCGUCUCCAGACUCUACAGAACACAGUUGUCUUCCCUCCGCGGAUCAAGCCCUAUCUGACUGAGAGACAUGUCCUCCUCCUCUCUCCUGUGGUGCCUGCUGGUGGUGUGUGUUCUGACUGUGGUCCAGAUCUAUGCAGCAGAGGAACCUAUGGUCCUCAAGGUGUUCAACCUCCAUGCCACUGACCUGCACAGCAGCCUGCUAGGGACCCCUGAUGCCUACGUCGAGGUGUUCAGAGCUUACGGCUUUCUCGGGAGGACAGAGGUGAAGAACAACAACCACGAUCCCAGCUGGAAGGAGGAGUUCAGCUACCUCAACGCCCGUGAGAACAACAUCUUGAGGCUGGAGGUGUACGACAGCGACGUCAACUCCAACGACCUGCUGGGGACCUGCGAGCGCUCCAUCAAGAUUGGAACUUGGAAACAUCAAUGUUUCCUGAAGACAGGCGGGAUCCUGUACUACUCCUACACCCUAGAUCCCCUACAGUAG